UAAAUUUCAGGUCCUCUAGGCAAGUGGGCAUUGAAGGGCAGGCAGCCUUUCUUGAUAAAUAGAAGCAAGUCUUCAACAACAUAGAAGCAACAAUCAUAUGGAGAACCAAAUAGACACCCAAAUGGAGCAAAGGAAGGGCCGCAGAUUGGUACUUUUUCCAUUGCCAUUCCAAGGCCAUAUAAACCCUAUGCUACUACUUGCAACCAUUCUUCACUCCAAAGGCUUCUCCAUCACCAUAAUACACACAAACUUCAACUCUCUCAACCCUUCAAACUUUCCCAACUUUACAUUCCACUCCAUCCAAGAUGGCAUCUUGGAAUCUGAAGCCUCUUCAAAAGAUGUUUUAGCUCUUGCUAAACUCCUCAACACCAAAUGUGUAGAGCCUUUCCGGGAUUGCAUGGUUAAGCUCUUGUCUGAUGUCUCAGAGGAAACUAUUUCUUGUUUAAUCUCAGAUGCCUUCUUUUACUUCACUCAAGCUGUUGCUGACAGUCUUAGGCUCCCGAGGGUUGUUUUGAGGACUGGUGGUCUUUCCUCUUUUGUUGUUUUUGAUGCAUUUCCACUGCUAAGGGAAAGGGGUUACUUUCCCAUACAAGAUUCUCAAUUAGAAGAGCCAGUGGCAGAGCUUCCACCUCUCAAAGUCAAAGACCUCCCAGUGAUGGACAAUGUGGACCCUGAUUCAUUUUAUGAAAUUAUAGCUGGCAUGGUCAAUGAAAGCAAGGCCUCUUCAGGAAUCAUUUGGAACUCCUUUGAAGAGCUUGAGCAGUCUGAACUUGACACAUUGCGCCAAGAAUUUCCAAAUCCAAUCUUCCCAAUAGGCCCAUUUCACAAAUACUAUCUAACCUCUUCUUCAAGUAGCUUGUUAGCCCAAGACCAAAGUUCCAUUUCCUGGCUAGACAAACAAGCUCCUAAAUCUGUAAUCUAUGCAAGCUUUGGGAGCUUAGCGGCCUUAAGUGAAGCCCAAUUUUUGGAGAUUGCUUGGGGGCUAGCCAAUAGCAAUCAGCCCUUCUUGUGGGUGGUUCGACCUGGAUUAGUCCGUGGCUCGGAAUGGCUCGAACCAUUGCCAAGUGGGUUCCUUGAGACAUUGAAUGGAAGGGCUCAUAUUAUAAAAUGGGCUCCUCAGCUGGAAGUGCUGGCCCACCCAGCUGUAGGUGCAUUUUGGACUCACAGUGGUUGGAAUUCAACAUUGGAGAGUAUAUGUGAGGGGGUCCCUAUGAUUUGUAUGCCUUGUUUCACCGACCAAAAGGUAAAUGCCAAGUAUGUUAGCCAAGUUUGGAAGGUUGGUCUGCAGCUAGAGAAUGGAUCGGACAGAUUGGAGAUAGAGAGGUGCAUUAGAAGAUUGAUGGUGGAGAAAGAAGGGGAGGAGAUUAGAGACAGAAUUUCAAAGUUGAAGGAGAAGGCAAAAUUUUGCCUGCAACAGGGUGGUUCUUCACUCCAAAACUUGGACAGCUUGGUUAGUCAUAUUUCUAAACUAGAAUCAUUUGUCUUCCAUUCUCAGUGACACCUUGUUGCAAGAGUUUUGAACUUAUUUGGUUUGGGGCAUUCGAAGGGUCUACAAGAGUUUCACUCGAUAUCUUAUGUUGUACUUUUCAGUUCUAAGCAUUGGCACUUUGUGACAAAAUAUUUUGUCCAAUUUUUACUCAUUAUUGUAAACUUUUGACUAGGAAAACUGAUUGUUUUUAGAUCCCUUAAAACA